UUAGUGUUAGUGUGCUGCCCACAGUGUUGCCAGGCAUCCCUGGAAGAGAGGAGGAGGCGCAUUAAACUUGGAGCAAGGGGAGAGAAAAAAUUUGCCUCAGUGUGGUGUGUCUCACUGUUUGCCUUGUGCUCUUUCAGCAAGCAGAGUAAAGGAACCCUGCCAGAAUCUGGAGCUCAUCUGAAAUACAUUAAGCCCUGGAGAAGAACGACCCUCUGUAAUCUAGCUGUGUUGACGCUGCGCUGCGGCUCCUAUUUGCUGUCAGAGGUACACCCAUACAUGUAGCAGCAGCUCUUCCAAGAGACUGUUUUUGUCUCCUCUAGUCCAAAUAUUUUCCAAACUCCAGAGGGCAAGUCUACAGAGGGAGAUCAAGGCGUUUGAAGAAGUCCGUGCUUUCUUCAUAAAAACUUUGGGUCUAGAAGUUAUCAGCGUGGCGACUGUCAUCAAAGGGGAAGAUCCAGCCUUCAAACAAAAACAUCGUCCCUAUCGUCCCUCUCGGCGUGUGCAGCGGACGCUUCAAGGACAAGUGAGCAGCGUUCACAUAAAUACAGGAAGCACCUGAAGGUCUUCCGAGGAAGUACAGCUCCAAACAACAGAAACACUGAUUUUUUUUUAAUUUUUUUUUUGCAAGAAGCUCCCAAUCUCCUUGUUAGUCAAUCAACAUGUCACGCUGGGGGAGAAAAAAUGUGAAGAAGGCGCCUGAGGUGAUCCGCACUGUGACAGAAGGGCUCAAGUCCCUGUAUCGUAAGAAGCUGCUGCCUCUGGAGGAGUACUACGGUUUCCAUGACUUCCACUCUCUCAGUAUGGAGGACGCAGACUUCGAUAAUAAGCCCAUGGUGCUGGUGGUGGGACAGUACUCCACUGGAAAGACGACGUUCAUCAAGUAUCUACUGGAGCAGGAUAUCCCUGGGAGCAGGGUGGGACCUGAACCCACCACCGACAGCUUCACUGCCAUCAUGCACGGGGAGGUGGAGGGAGUCAUCCCCGGGAACGCCCUCAUCGUAGACCCAAACAAGCCUUUCCGCAAACUCAACCCUUUUGGAAACACCUUUCUCAACAGGUUCCAGUGUGCCCAGAUGCCCAACCAGGUCCUGGAGAGCAUCAGCAUCAUCGACACCCCGGGGAUCCUGUCCGGCGCUAAGCAGAGAGUGAGCCGAGGUAAUAGAGCUGACAAAGGCUAUGACUUCGCUGCUGUGCUGCGCUGGUUUGCGGAGCGCGUGGACCGCAUCAUCCUGCUGUUUGAUGCCCACAAGCUGGAGAUAUCCGACGAGUUCGCCGAGGCCAUCGGAGCCCUGAAGGGCAACGAGGACAAGCUGCGUGUGGUGCUCAACAAGGCCGACAUGGUGGGCACCCAGCAGCUCAUGAGAGUGUACGGCGCGCUCAUGUGGUCCCUGGGGAAGGUGUUCGGCACCCCGGAGGUUCUGCGCGUCUACAUCGGCUCCUUCUGGGCAGAGCCACUGAUGGUUACAGACAACCGGAACCUGUUUGAGCUGGAGGAGGAGGAUCUGUUCAAUGACAUCCAAAACCUCCCUCGCAACGCAGCUUUACGCAAGCUCAAUGACCUGGUCAAGAGGGCUCGUCUGGUUAGGGUCCAUGCCCACAUCAUCAGCUACCUGAAGCAGGAGAUGCCUUCUGUCUUCAGGAAGGACAAUAAAAAGAAGAAUCUGAUCUACCAGCUGCCAGUGAUUUUUUCCAAGAUCCAGCUGCAGCACAACAUUUCUGCUGGAGACUUCCCAGAUUGUACAAAAAUGCAGGAGCAACUGAUGGUUCACGAUUUCAGUAAAUUCAAAACUUUGAAGCCUAAUCUGAUGGCAGCCCUGGAUGAGCUGCUCUCCGGCGACAUCGCCAAACUGAUGCCCCUCCUGCGGCAGGAGGAGCUGGAAGCAGGUGACCAGCUGGGCGUGCAGGGCGGCGCCUUCCUCGGGACCCGCGCCGGACCGUUCGGAGAGGGCGACCCCUUCGCCGAGGAGAACGGAGAGGGGGGCGAGGAGGACGAAGAUUGGGUGGUGACCAAAGACAAGCCCAAAUAUGAUGAAAUCUUCUACAACCUCGCUCCCAACGAGGGGAAACUGAGCGGCAACAAGGCCAAGGACUGGAUGGAGAGCUCCCGCCUGCCCAACUCGGUGCUGGGUCGCAUCUGGAAGUUGUCGGAUGUGGACCACGACGGCAUGCUGGAUGCUGAAGAGUUUGCCCUGGCCAGCCACCUGAUCGAGGUCAAACUGGAGGGCCACGGUCUGCCCCCAGAGCUCCCCGAGCGUCUGAUCCCGCCCUCCAAACGCAGGCAGAAGGGUUCCGAUGCAUAGACAUGUCACACAGGAAGAGACUCCUCUCUAUUGGCUGUGCUACUGUUUGUGUUUGCUCUUGUUUUCCCCCCAGACCCAAGUCCAAAAAAAUGUUUGUAUGUAAUGCGUUCAGCUUUUCCCUCUGAGACUGAUUUUGGUCUCACACAAUGGAACAUACUGUAUCAAAGUGCAAGUCAACCCUUUGAGACUACUUCCUGCAAAAGAUUGUGUAUUAAGAAGUCACACGGGUCUGGUUGCUUCUUCCCUUUGGCUCCUCAAAGUUAGCUUUUCAUGAUGAGCUUUAAAAAUAUAUCUACCUGUGUUUGCAGAGCAGAAGUAAAUAAAGGCUGGCAGUAUUCAGCAUAUAUCUGAAAGAAUACAGAGCUAAACUGUGUCUGUAUUAAAUCUUUAAAAUGUAACAUUCCUUCAGUGACUUAGAUUGGAGUGGCACAGUAUUAUUAUAAGUAUUGGUGAUUUGCAGGAUUAUGCCAUUUCCAGGUCAGGUCAUUCCAGUGAGGGUGUCAUCUACACGUUUAUUUACAAAAGCCUUAAAUUGCUCAAAUGAUUGUUUAUAGCGUUUUGCUACUCAAACUGGCAGCACAAAUCUAAUAACCCGAAUGCAUUUCACUUUUGAUGCUUUACGUGCCACAAUUUUUUGUGCAUAAACUUUAUAUAUUAUUUUUGUAAUGUUGUUGCUGUUGUUUUGUAUGCGCAGGAGCAAGACCUCAGUUGCAUAAAAGAACAUGAUGUGCUGAGAUUAACUUUGGAUUGAUACAUUACUGACUACUGUACACAGCUCCACCAAACUGUUCUUAUGUUGUUGUAACCAAAUAAAAUUCCGUGACUGUG